UAAAUUUUUUUUUUUUGGUUUUGUGGCUUUUUUUGCAUUUUUGAUGUUUUUCCUGGGCUGGUUUUUGGGGCUUGAGUCACACAGAAAAACCCAAGAUCAGCUGAGAACACCCAAAAAACGAGAUUUACCUGGAAACAGCAGCGCAGGCUCCUGAGCGAUGGCACCACUCCAGUUCUUGGCUCUCCUGGCGCUCGGCGCGGGAAUUUCAGGAAUUACGGAGGCGUCACCUGAGGGAAAGAGCCCCGAGGAGCUCCCAGCCCCUGCCUGGCUCCAGCCCCGCUCCCCGGGCUCUCCUCCCGCUCCAUCCUGGCUGCUCUGGGUGCCGUUCCGUGGCCAGCUCCCCGCCGACGCCGUGUCCAGCUGGAACCGCCGCUCCGGCCGCCCCGAGUUCGUCUGCUCCGCCCGGACCCCCCAGGGCUGCAACCCGGGCUCCUUCGACCCCGCGCGCGGCGCCUUCUGCUCCUACACCUGGGCCGAGAGCGAGCUCCACAGCCACAGCUUCCACCUGCUGGUCAACCCCGGCGCCCCCGGCGCGCCCGAGGGCGCCGUGGAGGGGUGUCCGCUCAGCGACCUCUUCGUGGGCCGGAGCGCCGACGGGCUGGGCAAGGCGAGCAAGGAGCAGCAGGCGCUGUUCGUGGCCGUGGACGGCGAGGAGGUUUGGUAUAAAUGGUACCAAGUGCUGGUGGUGCGGCAAGGCCCGGCCGACAUCUCCAUUGCCAACGUGUCCUACGACGGCAGCGCCGCGCUGGACAGCGCCGAGAGCGCGGAGCUGGCCGAGGUGCUGGCCAGGAACGACGGCUGCCAGGUGGCCACCGAAUCCGUCAGCUUGAAGGAGGAAACCGAGGUGGAGCACGGUUGGAGCGCCGGCGAGUUCGUGUCGCGCGUGCACCGGGUCAGCGAGGAGAUCCCGGCGCGCUCCGAAUGCGCCGUGGUUCUGCGCGGGCUCCGGCGAGAAAUCCGCGUCCCCUUCUCGGCCUGGCUCACCCGGGAGUUCCGCUCCGGCCGCCCGCACCGCGCGCUCGUCGCCGGCUG